CGCUGACGCAUCAGAGGGCUUCAUGACUGGGACAGUGUGUCGGGAUAUGGUCAGCUCCUGAUGGCCCGUGUGUUCCAAAACCAGAUUUCCUGAUAUUGAUUCUGUGUGUAAUCUGGGACAUGGACAGGCGGAGCCCAGGAGACAGACAGGCAGACACCAGUAAGACAGUAACCACUGCAGCAUCAUCAUCUGUCGUCACCAUGGCAACAGCCAGUUCCAGCGCCCAGCCGCCCUCUACCUCCCUCAGCAUCAUCCCACCAGACAGCCAAGCAGUCCAGGUGAUCCAACAUGCCAUGCACAGACCUCAGAGCAUGGCAGCCCAGUACCUGCAUCAGAUGUACGCAGCCCAGCAGCAGCACUUCAUGCUGCAGACAGCAGCCCUGCAGCAGCACCAGCAUCCCGCACAUCUGCAGAGUCUGGCCGCCAUCCAGCAGGCUUCAGUCUGUCAGAGGUCACCUUCUUCUUCAACGGGCAGUUUGGUUCAGGCUGCUGGUGUUUCCCAAAACUCAAUAACUUUACCAGCAUCUCCAGUGACCGCAAGGCUGAUUGGUCGAACUCAGACAUCCACUGCCGGCGCAGCCACAAUAUCUCAGCAGGCCAUGCUUCUAGGAAACAGACCUGCCAGCUGUAACCAAGCUCAGAUGUACCUUCGAACUCAGAUGCUGAUUCUAACUCCUGCAGCCACAGUAGCUGCAAUUCAGUCAGACCUCCCCACUGUGACCUCCUGCUCCUCAUUACCUACCUCCUCUCAGAAUCUGGCUCUGCGUGCCCAUUUGCCGGGAGCUCUGGCUACAGCCCACAGCGUCAUCUUAAAGCCUUCCACCGAGUCCCAGGCCCUGCCUGCAGCCGCCUCCUUGUCCAAGACUCCAGUCUGUGGGCUGAAGAGCACCCAACUGACUGAUGGCUCAACAGAAACAGCGCCAUCUGAUGCCGCCCCGUUGGUGUCAGGACCCCAGAUUAUAACCCCAGCCUACCCUCCAGUGCAAACCCACACUCUAGUCAAGCAGCAGCUGUCCUGUCCAGUUGGCCAGCAGGUGGCGCACCACCAGCUCAUCGUCCAGCAGGCCACAGGAGGGGCUCCCAGCAGCAGACAGUUGCAACCAAUUGCCCUCAGAGUAGCACCCCGAGAUACCCACUCCAAUCCUCUUCCUCUGUCGGUUAAAAGACUAACCGCCUCCAGCACCCACUCACAACUACGAAACGAGCCCCCAGCCCUGUCUUCUUCUUCCUCCCCAUUAGUCACCAGCGUGCUUGCAUCAUCACCUCAGACUUCAGUCCCAGCUGCUGCCGUUCAGCCUCAGCCACCUCCUCUGGUGGCUGCGCCACAGCGUCGGACCUCAUUCCCACAGAGCCAGCAGCCUCCGCCUCCCCCUCCUCCUCUGAUUCUCCCCAGGCUGCCCCAGAACCCCCCGGCCUCCCUUCACAGGGUGUCCCUGCACUCAGUCCGGGCUUUGGCUGUCCAAUCAGGACAGGUACUGCUAACGGAACGGGAACUGCCUGUGGCGGAGGCUCUGGUCCAGAUGCCCUACCAGAACCUGCCACCUCCUCAGACGGUGGCUGUUGAUCUGAAAGUGCAUCCAGUCAAACACAAUGAAACUCCACCCUUGGGGCAAAAGUGCAACGUGAACAGUCUGAGCUCAGAGGAGAGGAAAGAUCCUCCAAGUUCAGAACAAGACGGGACCGCUACACCACCCAAGCUAAAUGGUUCAGCAGUGACGGGUUCAUCCUCCAUCACCCCCAGCCACUCGGUGAUCAGGUCACCACAGGUGGAGGAGUCCUCCCAGCUCACGACCACUGACAAUAGCGGCAACAGUGGCACCAACAACCCUCCUCCUCCACCACCUUCUCCUUUACCUCCUCCCCUCCUCCCUGCUUCAGCAAGAGUCCCCAGCCAGCCUCCUUCUGCCCCUGCCAGCCUCCCGGGAAGCCCCAAGAGGUCAACCCACGUCCUCACACACCUCGUGGAGGGCUUUGUCAUCAAAGAGGGCCUGGAGCCGUUCCCGGUGGGUCGGUCAUCACUGUUAUCAGAGCAGCAGGCUUCCCUUCCAGAACCCCAGGACGUACCGACCAAUGGGGACGCAGCAGACGACAGUCCUCUGGAUGCUGACCAGUCAGAUUCAUCUGACUCUGAGAUGGAAAAUGAUGGCCCUACAGGAGAAGUUGCAGAGCUCGGGGAUAGUGUGCCAGACGUGUUGCAGUGUGAAUACUGUGGAAGCAGCGGCUACGCUCGCACGUUUCUGCGCUCCAAACGCUUCUGCUCCAUGUCGUGUGUCCGAAGGUUCAGUGUGAGCUGCACCAAACGUAUCACGGUGCUGCGUGCAGCUCGCCUGGUUCACAGGCCUGUGGGAAGGAGAGGACGACCCCCCAGCCGAGUCAACGGAGCCUCCAGAGAGCACUUCGUGAUGCAGGCUCACAGGUCAUUUGGCUCCAAAGAGACCCAACAGGGUUCACCGAGAGAGGAAGAUGAGCAUCACGAGGAGGAGGAGGAGGAGGAAGAGGAGGAAGAACCUCCCGUUCCCAUGACGACCAGGCUUCGAAAACAGGCUGAGAGAGCCCAAGAGAGGGUGAGGGAGCAGAGGACCUUAGAAACAAUCAUCGUUUCAGACACAGAAGAAGAUGUCAGCUGUCCGUCUCAGUGGAACGUGGAGCAAGUGUUUUCCUACGUCAGCACCCUGCCAGGUGGUGCUGAUGUAGCCGAGGAGUUUCGCUCCCAGGAAAUAGAUGGGCAGGCUCUGCUGCUUCUCACAGAGGAUCACCUGGUCAGCACCAUGAACCUUAAACUGGGACCCGCACUGAAGCUUUGUGCGCACAUCAACUCCCUCAAAGAUGCAUAAACACGUAACAUUCCUCCUCUUAGUGAAUGUAAAGAAAAACAAGGAUGUCCUCAUCUCUGCAGAGACAAUGAGGAAGUGCUGCUCAUCUUUAAACUGGCUAUUUUUAAACACUGUCACAAAAGAGAGCAGAGCUCGCUGAGUUGAACUGACUGCAGUUUUUUUAAGACCACUGCCAAGAAUGAAUCGUCUUUCAUAUACCCAAGGAUUCAAUGUCGACUCGCUCUCAGAUGAUUUUACAGUUUUACCUCAGCUGCUUUGGCUCGUUUCUCCUGAUAGUUUCACGUUUACAAGUCUCAGCAGUGAAUAUUUAAGUUUCCCUAAAUCACUCAAAACCAGUUAAACUGCAAAAGGCUAUAUUUGCCAUCUUUUGCAUAUUGAAGGAUUAAAAUGCAAACUGUUAUUACAUUGAAAUACUUAAUCCAAAAAGGUACCAUACAAAAAUCCAACUCUUUGCAGCAAACCAGGCAACAUAAAAAACACACAGACAGUAUAACGGCGACUCAGGGGAAGGACUAUUUAUACACACAGGGUAAUCAGGGAAGUGGACACAGCUGGGGAAAUGAAACAUUUUCUCAGAAGUUUGAGUUGAUAAGUUGAAAUUCUGACCUACAGGUGACAAAAAACUGUUUUUGUUUUGUUUUUUUUCUCUUUAUUUUUCAGUGGCAGAAACAAACUUCGAUAACUAUCUAAGUGGAAAUAGGAGGCCCCAACAUAACACAGAGACCAGAAAACUCAUUCAUUACACAAAAGGAACACAAGAGUUUAGAAUAAUGAAGACACACACAACCUGAAAGUUCUCACCUGGGACAGGAAUCAAAUAGACACCAAAACCAGAGAUUCAGAAAUAUAACAAAGGAUCAAACUCACAAUAGAACAUGAAGAAAUCCAAACAUGAAUCCUGACGUGCUCUAAUGGGCCCUUUCUUUGCUGCCUGGCUCCAUGGAGCCCAAGUGACAUUUGCCAUAGACUAGCAGAAUUGGCAGAUCCACUGGUGCCCUGUGUUUUUCACAAAUGAGAACAUGUUCACCCUGAGCACAUGUCACAGAUCUGAAAAGGUCUGGGGAAAUCGUGGAGAGCCUGUAAAAUCGUUCAGCAUGUGCGGUUUGGUGGUGGGUCAGUGAUGGUUGGGGAAGUAUAUCCAUGGAGGGACACACAGACCUCUACAGGUUUAGCAAUGACAUCCUGACUGCCAUUAGGUAUCCUGAUUAAAUCCUCAUCAGACUCUACACUGGUGCAGGGGAUCAGUGUGCAGAGAGUUCCUGGAGGAUGAAAGUAUUGACACCAUUGACUGCCCCCCACGCUUGCCUAACUAAAAUCCAGUAGAACACCUCUGAGACGUUGUGUUUCUGCACCUCAGGCUGUCCAGGAGCUCAGUGAUAGUUCAGAUUUGGGAAGAGAUCCCCUACUUGUCAGUCAUGCAAACAAGAAUGUGGGGGCCAAACAAACUACCGAGUACCAUUUUUCAAUUACUGCAAUGAAAUUUUGCCCGCUUCAUCAUUUUUUUCACAAGCAAUGCGGCAUCCUUUCAUUUCUACACAUUACCCAGUCCAUAUCAGUCUAGAUAUCCAGCAUGAUUGUUUUCCUUUUGAGAUAUGAUGUGUUUUCAAAGUGCUCUUUUAAAAAUUUUUAAAGGCAGUCUGUCCAGGGUGUACCCUGCCUGUCCUCACAGUGCUGCACAGUAACAUAGUGUACUGUAUACACUACACUCACCAUUUUCUGGCCACAAAUUUUCAUGAAACUGGCAUCAAAUGCUCUGAUUUGCGAUGCAAAAGGGGAAAAACUCCCAUGCAUCUUCCCGUAGACUGUUGACUUUCACGUGCUCCAACAUCUUCCUCUUGCACUGACAUAGCGCUCAUGUUCUGUACAUAUCUUCCAGUAUGUUCAGUUCUCACGUUACACCUGUGAGCUCAGUGAGAUUUUGACAGUUACACAGAAUAAAACAAACUCCAAGACCAAUAAAUUGUAGUAAAAAUGUCAGAGAUUGUGAACUAUGGGAGAUAAAAAGAUGUCUCAAAGGAAACUCGUAUAAAAAAAAACCUUCCCAUAAAAAUGGGUUUAAAGGAAGAGGCUGACUCUGCUUACAUGAUAUCCUCAGGCAAGGUUAGCGCUUUGCCCAUGGACCCCCGGGCGCAUGGUGGUGCAUAUAGUGCUCAGAGGAUAGAGAUAUAGCCUGGAGCAAGGCCAUGAAGGGCCCUAAAAGUCAUCCAUAAAAUCUGUUCUGAAACAAACUGCGAGCUGCUGUAGAACAGCAAAAAAACAGCUAAAACUGGAGUGUUGUUUAGUUCUGAUAAACAGGAGUGAUUUCCCUAAAUGUCCUACAGUAGCUGAAUAUGUUAAUGGGCGCUGAGACAGUCAGAUUUCAUUUAUUUUUGAGAUGAGAAGUGAGCCAAAGCAACAAAGAUGAGCAGUUCUUUCUUUCACCGCUUGUCAUUUCAUUGUAGUGAUCGUAGCAGUUCUGACUCCAGUUAUCCAUUUGUUUCAAAAUGGUUUUUAAAUGUUUUUUUGUAUCAUUUGUAGACAAAGACAACAAAUGAUCGUCAUUACAUUCAACAGACGCGGUACAAUCUCACUGUUUACAAAGCAGAUUAUUGCCUCCUAUCCUCAAGAUGGAAUUUGAUAUGUUCACCAUCAGCAAACAGUUGUGCUGACUUAUGAACGUUUUACUGACUACAAGGUUAAUUAUUGUUAUUUAUUGUUGUCAUAAUUAAUAUACA